UUUGUUAUAGAUGAAAUUAUAUUCUGUAUUUGAUCGACUUGCUUUGUGAAUAUAUAGUUUUUUCGGAUUCCCUGACAAAUUGGACCUAAGAUUAUCGAAACUUAAUUCAUGGUAAUAUCUUUGCCGGUGUUCUUUUGCUGUUUGACUCCCCGUGAUAAUGGUUUGAUCUUCGUUUUUGUGUUUGCUUGUGGUGUUGGAAGUGGCUCUUUAGUGGUAUAAUUGCUCUGUGGUGUGUAGGAAUUAUUUGAACCAUUAAAUAGGUCUCUGUGUCCUUAAAUGACCGUAGUAAUUUCAAUACUUUGUGAAGGCAAGAAUUAGUGGGAAUACUUAUUAAUGAACAUAUGGAUUGGUUUAUUCUUACUGUGGUUGUUUGUGGGGUUACAGGUUUGCUGGUUAUGCUAUUUGCGUUGUUGCUGGUCGCAGCUCAUUUUCCUUCUUCAGCUUACAACAUUUUUUAAGGUUAUGGCUAGAGGAUCAAAUAGAGUCUUUGUUCCUUUCCAGCCUCUUUUGGAAAAGGUGGUUGCUUGGCUGCAGUUUCCAUCUCCGGUUUAUGGCUUUAUAGAUGCUGCUAAGAACAAUGUUUUUGUACGGGUUAGUAAGCCUAGCUGCCGUACGAAUUUCGUUUUCUACGGUGGAGAUGCUGCUUCUGUCGAAGAAUCUCGUGAGAGAGCAGCUCAUAAGGCUGUGAAGAGAUUAGUCAGCCGUUUUAAUGUUCGCGUGUCUGAUUUCCCUAUGAACGGAUUAAGAUGUACCGCCUGUGUGUAAAAUUAUAUAAAAAAAAAUAGAUGUGCUGAGUUAGUACAGCACAGAGAAGAUUUGAAUUCCAUACGUGCAGAGUGCAGUACAAGAGAGGUUGUAUCGUUUCAUGAUGUUCAUGUUGCAAUGGAUUUUGCACAGUUUUUGGGAGUCUUAGUGAGAAAGACUGGUGUCACUGUGAUUGGUAUUGAGACCACUAGGUUAGAUGGCCAUGUCUAUAUGUCUUGGCUGAUGGUUACCUGUGCUCACAAUAGUAUUGCCAUGGAAUGCAUUUUCAGUGACCCUUGUACUGAACCAGCAAUUGCUGAGCAAAGGGUUACAAAGAAAGCAUGCUUCUUUAUAGCUUUUGUGUUCAAUCUAGAGAUAGUUGAUGCUAUCUAUGGUGCUGCAGCAAAGAUGAGUGGAGAAUGUUCUCUGAUAAGGGAGAGGUAUUUGGUGCUGAAAGGGCAUAUUGAAUGUUUGGAAAGGAAUGUUGUUCAGCCUCAACCUGCUACCUGUUUGGCUAGCGAUUCAUGUGUGAUGCCAACUGACGAGGCAAACCAGAUUCCAGUUCUGGCACUUCCGCCAAGUCUACCAGUGAAGCGUAGGAUCGAGAGAAAUGAGCUGAAUGCAAGUGGCGUAGGAGUCCAUAUUUCUGAUCAGAUGGUUACUGGUCUAGCUGAGUUAUCUGCUGUUUACAAAUGUGCUAGGACUGAAUAGCUCUGUGUAUAAGGUCUAGCUUCUUUUGGAAUUUAUAUAGUUAGGGGUGUGUGUCCAGUUGUUAGGAUUUUACUGCUGUUGUGGUCAGCUUUACUUUGUAUUUAACUUUUGCUUAGCACUUACGCUUGUCUGAACUAGCGGUGCUAGCUGGUAUGAUGUAGCUGGAAUUUUGGGCCUGUAAUGAAGCCCGUUCAUGUAUUUCCUAUUAUGGCUACCUUUUAAUGAAUGAAAUUAUUAUUUAUUUAGUGUU